AUGACGCCUGUGUAUCCCCACACAUAUACACCCGUUCAUAUUAGUAAUAAUGAUGAUAAUGAUGAUGAUAAUACUAAACAGAUAGACGCAAUGAUAGGCACACAGAGUAAUGCCGAGGUUCAUGACCCUUCUAGUGUUGCAAUUCAAAUCAAGAGACCACUGGGGGAUGAGACAGGUUCGUUGUCUUCAACCUCAGGACCGAGCUAUGAUUCUGUUGAUGAUGCAAGACAGCCAGGACUAAUGAAAACUGUAUUAGCCGGUGCUGCAAUCAUUGGCAAUGUCAACGGUAUGAUGAAUAAUAACGUUAACGCAGUUACUGCAAGUUCUAAUAAACUUUUAGGACUAGUGCUAGCUUGGGGGUGCACCUGCUUUUAUGUUGCAUCUAGAUGUCCUCAACUAUUGAAGAAUUAUCAACGGAAAUCUGUGGAUGGCAUAUCUCCAUUACUCUUUGGGGCAGCACUAGGAGGUAACUUAACUUAUACUCUAUGCAUUGUUACUAGCUGUAACUUUGUCUAUGCAAAUAAUAGACACCAGUUUUUUAUGAGCCAGCUUCCUUAUAUAUUGGGAUCGUCGGGGACCAUAGUUUUUGACAUUGGAUACUUCUAUCAGCGGUACAUUUAUCGAGAUAGUGGUAGGAAUACCUCUAAUAUGCCCUUAGAGGAUUGGGAUGAUAUAGUUGUUAGAGUAGAGCCAUGA